UAUUUCAGAUAAUAGUCGUGAGCUUUAUUGGUCGAAGAUGGAGCAGAGUUUGAACGAAAAAAUAGUAAUAGUGACCGGCGCUGCCAGUGGAAUUGGUGCAUUUGUAGUGAAAUCUCUACUUCAUGAGAAUGUGAAGCACGUAGCAAUGUUGGAUGUGUCAGAAGAAGCAGGGACUGCUUUACAAGAUGAAUUGAACUCAAAGUACAACAACAAUAAAGUAACCUUCAUAAAGUGUGAUGUUGCUGACAAAGAGAAUCUUCUAAAAGCUUACAAAGUGAUAAACGAUGAAAUCGGUUACAUCGAUGUGGUUAUAAACAAUGCCGGGAUUUUAGACGAUAGUCCAGACUCCUAUAUGACGGAAAUUAAUAUUAAUCUGGCAUCUGUAAUUACAAGUUCCUUAUAUGCUUGGAACAAAAUGCAUAAAGAGAAAGGUGGAAAAGGUGGUACAAUAAUAAAUGUUAGUUCAGUAGUAGCUCUAUCAAAUGCUGCGAAUGUGCCAAUUUAUAGUGCAACAAAAAUCGGCGUGCUAAAAUUUAGUACUUCAUUAGGGAAUAAAUUGCAUUAUUCAAGAAGUGGAGUCCGCAUUUUGUGUCUUUGUUUUGGCCUUACAAAUACGCCUUUGUUAAGAAAUGUGCAUAAGCUCUUUGACACGGAUGCAAUUGGCUUGAUAACAGAAGAUUUACAGAAUUAUAAGUCGCAAAGUGUUGAAUCAGCAGCAAAGGCAGUUAUAGAAACAUACAAACAAGGAGACAGUGGUAGUGUCUGGAUAUCUACUAGCGAUAAGCCAGCUAUGGAUGUGACCAAUGCUUACGAUAAAAGCAUUGAAAUAUUUGAUAGCUACGUUUAUAGUUAA